UCUUUCUCAGUCAGAGACCAAGGGGCAGAUAGACAGGGGAAACUACCUAUCGCCACUUUUCCCACGUAAAAUGAUGUGGCUUCAGUAACUCAACAAGACCGAAUGAAAGGUUAGCCCACGCGGGACUGCAGAGUCACCUCCAAUUGGUGCUUCGGAGCGUAGUUUUGGAAAUGUUUUCUUGAGUUAUCACUUGUGGCUGGCUAGCUUCCGGGUUAGCGUGGGGUCUCGCUUGUGUUGCUGUUUGGCAUGAUUGUACGACUCGCAGCUCGGAUUAAAUCGAUCACGAAUUGACAUCGUCACCAGGAGUCGCACAGAUCGGAUAGCCGUAAAGAUGGAACCCCGUUUUAGCAGCAAGAGUCCARUGAAAAGCGCUUUUAAUACGAGGCCCGAUGCGAUCCCCGGCCUUUCCUCGCUCGCUCUGCCGGAUGUGGGCACAAAGACCUCGCACUGCAGGAACCUGUUCUCUCCAGGACCUGCGGCGGUUCUGUCCCCUGUUACCAAUUUGGCGCUGGACAUGGACAAUUUAAUUGGACUAGGAAGCCAAUGUGACACACCAAAAAGAAGAAAAAARGCACAGCUUGAGAAGGUUCCCUCUUUUGCCUCUGACACCUCUUCUGAUGCCGGUCUUGGUUUGGAUCUCCCCAGCCCUGUUGAUGGUGAAUUGGAAGACGCGUUUGAAAAGUCCAUUCAGCAGUCAAGCAGAGUUGUUAAUGAGAAGAUGCCAAUUCGACGAAUCAACUCAUUACCACUCCAGCUCCUGGGUUUCAGUCCGUGUCUGAAAGGACAAGAAUCAGACUCUAAACGUUAUGGAAUAUUCAGCCAUCAGCCUUCCCAGAUAAACUCUUCCAUCUCCCAACAGGACAACAAAGAGAACAUGCCUGAGGGAAGUUUUGAAUUUAAAAAACCAUCCAAGCCCGUUUCACGGAGCCGCAUACGCUCCUUCAAUGGUGAACACGAUGCCUUUGCCGUCAGAGCCAGCUCGGCACCAGCUCUCAUGCUGACUUCACCUCCUGCCGUCCAGCAACUGGACUUGUACGACUCGAGCCCUGUGUUUCUGAGACGCUCUUCGCUCACCUCCUCUCUAAACGAUGAUGAUGGCUUUUUAGAGAUACUUGAUGACAACAUGGAGGAUGACUCGGGUAUGCCAUCAGGAAUGGCACACUUGCUCACUGCUCCACUGAUGGCUGACAGCCCUCAGGAGGACUCUCCUGUAAUUCGAUGUCGGCCACGCAACCUGUUUCGUUCCCCCUCCAUGCCCAGUCCGGUGUCCCGUCCCUCUGCAAAGCGGCCCGACUGCCCCGCAGAUGAAAACACACCCGUUCGAGUGAAGAGACGACGGAGCCUGGCYGGAACCCAUGUCACCACCCUGGAACAAAACCCUGAAUCUCCAAGAAUGGGUUGUUUACUGCUCCAAAGGUCCAAGUCUUUCUGUCAAGCAGAGAUUGAAAAGUUGCUUGAUGGGCAGAGCAGCUCUGAGCUAAUAGGAGACUUCACGAAGCCUUUUGUGCUUCCCACAGUGCAGGGUGAUCAUCAAGACCUCAAAUACAUUACUUCAGAGAUGAUGGUGGCAGCCCUGAACGGCAAGUUUAAUGACAAAAUUGAGCACAUCUUUGUCAUUGACUGCCGUUACCCCUACGAGUUUGAAGGUGGACACAUUAGAGGAGCUCUAAACCUGCACCAGGAGGACCAGGUGGAGAACUUUCUCCUGAGGACCCCCACAGUCCCAUCCUGCCCAGACAAGCGAGUGGUCGUCAUCUUCCACUGUGAGUUCUCGUCUGAACGCGGCCCCAAAAUGUGCCGCUUUGURAGGGCCCGAGACCGCGAGAUCAAUGAGUACCCCAACCUCCACUACCCCGAGCUGUACAUCCUGAAGGGCGGAUACAAAAACUUCUUCCCCCAUUUCCAGUCCCAGUGUGAGCCUCAGUCCUACAGACCUAUGGUCCACGAAGACUUCAGGGAGGACCUGAGGAAGUUUCGCCACAAAAGUCGCACUUGGGCCGGGGAGCGCAGCAAGAGAGACAUGUACUGUCGCUUGAAUAAGUGAGCGCCGCCUCAUCCUUCUGAACUUGCCUGAACGGAUUCAGCAGCACCACCUCACAGAGCCCACGCACCCCCGGACCACCACCACCACCACCGGCAGCAGCAGCAAUGGGCAUUUUUUAACGUCCCAAAUUUUUAACUGCAUGAAGGUUAGAUAUUUAUGAAAAAUUUAAAGCGAGGAAAAGACUUGGAAUGAAAACACGAUACAGUAUGAACAACUUUAACAUCGUUUUUUUUUUUUUUCAAACCACUUGGACCUGUUCUACUGUUUUUAUUGUAUUUCAUUUUUUAAUGUGUUUGCAUUGGCUGCACGUUCUGUUUUAAAUUGCAAUAAUACAACCAAACUAACCUGCAAAGAUCUGAAGUUUCUUUCACGUUAUUCUUGGAAUUUUUUCCUCAUAUUUGAACCUAUUUAAGCACUUAAUUAGAAUAUCUGAAGAGUUUGGUGUUUAUUUUUUAUUUUUUUUGUAUAUAUURGAGAUAACCCUAAUUUCAGCCAUCAUGCAUUAUUCUUGUAUUACUUUAUCAGUAUGUCCCAAAACGUAAUGGUGUAUUUAYAUUGUAUCUAGACCUUUUUUCUUUUCUCUACUUUCUGAUCAGUUGCAAUACUUAAAUCAUUUCCUUGGUUGGAUACCAAAGCAACAAACCUACCUGUUAAUCAUAAAGAUUUAUAUUUUUUCAAUGCUGCAGGUCAGCAAGAGUGAAAAGAUUUUUAGGUCUAACAUAAUUAAAAAAAACAUUUUUAUUUUUAUUACUACUAUAUUUCUAGAGAUGAAAUGUCUUUCCUUCUGCAGAAUUAAUAUUAAUACACGAUUUAUGAUUCAGGUGGUUUUAAUAUUUUGGUCCAGGCUUGUGGGGAAGCUGCUUGAAUAAAGAUCCAGUCGGUCAAAAAGUAGCCUCUCUUUUAUAUAACGGGUUGAGCAGAACCUGGAUUUUGAAGGUUACGGCCGUGUUAAUUAUUUUUUUUUUUAAUAUACACGGUUCCUGUUUUAGAAAUGUGUUUAAUUUUAGUGUUUUAUGAGUCUGGAUUAACUUGGUGGAACAUUUUCCAGAGUAUUCCCCUCGUUUUGUUUCUAAACUGAUUCAUUCUGCAAAAAGAUCGUUUAAAAAUGAGAGUGAUCUGUUUUUUUAUGAAAAUGAAAACCAACUAUUACACAGGAAAUAUUUACUUUUCUGUAUGCAUCCACACAAUUACCUAAUUAUGCAAAAUAAAGGAAUCCAAACACA